ACUCCGUUUUCUCAGGGACAAAACCGACAAUUGAAUAGCGGAAACGGUACAGAACCAGAAACAUACUCGGUCCGUAUCAUUUCCCACUUCUCUGUCAACUUCUGAAUGACCUCCGUUAGAAAUGGUCCCGUCAUUCUAGCGCCUUCCGGUUCUGCGUCCAAAGCCGACGACGAAGAUAUAGGGGAAUUUUAAUAAAAUAAAUUAACACCACGACGGACGAUGAGUUCUUUUAAGAUGCGCCGGAAGGUGGUUCCGGCGGCGUCUGAGAACGGCGAAUCAGCCGACAAGCUUGACCAGCUUCUCCUCUCCUCCGCCAUCUCUAACGGAGAAGAUCUCGGCCCCUUCGUCCGCAAGGCUUUUGCUUCUGGGAAGCCGGAGACUCUCCUCCAGCACCUCCGCCACUUUGCCCGAUCUAAGGAAUCUGAAAUCGAGGAAGUGUGCAGGUCUCACUACGAAGACUUCAUCACCGCCGUAGACGACCUCAGAUCCCUCCUCUCCGACGUCGAUUCUCUCAAGUCGUCUCUCUCCACCUCCAAUUCUCAGCUCCAGUCCGUUGCCGUUCCUCUCCUCAGCUCCCUCGACACCUUUGUGGAGGCACGCAACAAGUGCAAAAACAUCAGCCUCGCCAUUGAAUCUCUGCAAACUUGCACUCAAUUAGUUGAGCUUUGCUUGCGAGCCAAUUCUCAUCUCUCGAAGAACAAUUUCUACAUGGCUUUGAAGUGUGUGGACUCAAUCGAGCGAGACCUUCUGGAUGAGACACCUUCAUCUACGCUCCGCCGAAUGCUUGAGAAGCAGAUCCCCUCGAUUCGAUCGCAUAUUGAACGCAGAGUGAACAAAGAUUUCGGGGAUUGGCUUGUUGAGAUCCGAGUUGUCAGUCGGAAUUUAGGGCAGUUAGCCAUCGGACAAGCCUCAGCAGCUAGGCAAAGAGAAGAGGACCUUAGAAGAAAGCAACGACAAGCAGAGGAGCAAAGCCGACUCAGUCUCAGGGACUGCGUUUAUGCUCUUGAAGAAGAUGAAGAUGAGGACGGGAUUAACGGAAUCGGCCACGAGAGCAGAGACGGUUUCCACAAUGGAGGAGGUAAUGGUAUAUUAGGGUUCGAUUUAACGCCAUUGUAUAGGGCUUAUCACAUACACCAGACUCUAGGGCUAGAGGAUCGUUUCAAACAAUAUUAUUUCGAGAACAGGAAGCUUCAAUUGACAUCAGAUUUCCAGGUAUCAUCAAUGACUCCCUUCCUGGAGUCUCACCAAACGUUUUUUUGCACAAAUUGCUGGGUUUUUCAUAGUUGAGGACCGUGUUUUGAGGACUGGCGGUGACUUGAUAUCCAAAAUGGAGGUGGAGAACUUAUGGGACACUGCUGUUAGUAAAAUGUGUUCCGUCCUAGAAGAUCAAUUCUCCAGGAUGCAAACUGCAAACCAUUUGCUGUUGAUAAAGGACUAUGUAAGCCUUCUAGGAGUCACAUUGCGCCGUUAUGGAUACCCUAUUGAUGCGUUGCUUGAUGUUCUGAGCAAGCAUAGGGAUAAAUAUCAUGAACUCCUCUUGUCUGAUUGUCGCAAACAGAUGUCUGAAGCUCUCUCUGCUGACAAGCUUGAGCAAAUGUACAUGAAGAAGGAAUAUGAAUACUCGAUGAAUGUUAUAUCUUUUCAGCUUCAAACAUCUAAUAUAAUCCCUGCAUUUCCUUACAUUGCACCAUUUUCAUCAAUGGUUCCUGAUUGCUGUAGAAUUGUGAGGUCAUUCAUUGAAGAUUCAGUGAGUUUCAUGUCCUACGGCGGGCAGCUUGAUUUCUACAAUAUGGUCAAGAAAUACUUGGACCGUCUUUUGAAUGAGGUCCUUGAUGGAGCUUUGUUGAAACUCAUUGACACUUCCAUUACUGGUGCCACUCAAGCUAUGCAGAUGGCUGCAAACAUGGCGGUGUUUGAAAGGGCGUGUGAUUUCUUCUUUCGCCAUGCUGCCCAACUCUCAGGAAUUCCGUUGAGAAUGGUGGAGAGGGGAAGGAGGCAAUUUCCUUUGACCAAAGCAUCUAAAAAGGCAGAAGAGACUCUUUCUGGCCUGCUCAAGCAAAAAGUUGAUGGGUUUCUCAUGUUAAUAGAGAAUGUCAAUUGGAUGGCUGAUGAACCUCUUCAAGGAGGGAAUGAAUAUGCAAAUGAGGUCAUCAUCUUCUUGGAGACCCUUGUCUCUACUGCCCAGCAGAUAUUGCCAAUUCCCGUUCUCAAGAGAGUUUUGAUAGAUGUUCUUGCUCACAUAUCAGAGAUGGUGGUUGGGGCAUUGCUUGGUGAAUCUGUCAAAAGGUUUAACAUAAAUGCGAUUAUGGGUCUCAAUGUGGAUGUUCAGCUCUUGGAAUCAUUUGCCGAGAGCCAAACUCUUUUGCUUUCUGGUGGAGAUGGAAAUGAGUUGAAAGGAGCAUUGGUCGAAGCCAGGCAAUUGGUUAAUUUGCUCUUGAGUAACCACCCGGAAAACUUCCUUAAUCCAGUUAUUAGAGAGAGGAGCUAUAAUGCGUUGGAUUACCGGAAAGUAGUUGCCAUUUCAGAAAAACUGCGUGACCAAUCAGAUCGUCUAUUUGGAUCAUUUGGAACUAGAGGAGCCAAACAAAACACAAAGAAGAAAUCUCUUGACCAAUUGAUCAAAAGGCUCAAGGACGUUAACUGAAUUUGCUUACUUAAAUAUUUGUAUGUACCGGUUCCCUAUGUUCUUUUGCUCAUACUUGUGUUGAUUAUUUCUCAUUCAAUUUAUGUCAGAGUAUUUGAAUGUCUCUUUCUUAGCAUUGUGUAUUUUACUCUAUUGCAGAUACCCAUUUAUUGUUGCAUUCAUUUCUUCAUAAUCAAUGCUAUCCAAUAAUAUAAUUUUUUUUCUGAUCUAUUUUGACUCUUUU